UUCCCAUACAGUGUAUUUAUAUCGCCUGAUCAUAAACCUAAAGCUAUUUUUACUCUUAAGUGUAAAUAACAUAAAAUAUACAACCUCAUUGUAAAUAAAUUGCCCUAUACACUAAACAGGAAAAUACUCCGACGAGGAAGCUAAAACGAAGAUUACAUCUUUCUUAUAUCAACAUGAGAAAAGCUUCACCGACUUGUUCGUUCGUAUUUUUUGUCGGUUGUUUAAUUCAUCAAGACCUGAUAGCGGGGGAAGAUCUGUCAGAUUACCUGUGGGAACAGACAAAGGUUGAACGACAGGAUGCGCUGGAUUCGGUCUUCGUCCAGGCAAUUAAAAACGCCUCAUUGGAUCCAGUUCAAUUUGGAGCUUACCUUGUCCAAGAUGCUAUUUACCUUUACUCAGCAAAGAGAAGUAUGGACAUAGCCGCCAGCAGGACAAAUGAUGUCACACUGAAAACAUUCUUACAAGAAUAUGCUAUCAAACGUUACACAAGUCUUUACACAAACGCUUUAAAAGACUGGCACAUAGAUGAUCCAAGUGCUAUCUCUCUUGGAAAUGGCUGCGAAAAUUAUGUAAAUCACCUACUGGCCGUUGCUGAAACUAUGGAUCCUAUUUAUCUAGUAGUCGCCAAUAUACCAUGCGAAAGACUCUGGCCUUGGAUUGGUGAGCAAGUCGGUGUUGGUUCGGAAGAUUUUGGCAUUUAUAAUAAAUGGGUGAAUGAAAACUGGGACCCAAAAAUAUACGUUCAUCUUGAAUUUGAACAAGUUAUGAACGACGCUCAUGCUGAGGGUAAAAUAGAUAAAGACAAGGCACUGAAAGUCUAUAAAGAGAGCAUGAAAGGAGAAGUGGAAUUCUUUAAUUCCGUAUUGGCUCCUGUUGUACAGUUACAGGGUGCACGUGAUGAAUUAUAAAAGAAUAAUGGACCAGAACAAACAUACAAACAUGUUUUAAUGUUGAAACAGAUUAAAUAAAUCAUGUUGAUUUGUGCAGUCAGACAGUAUAGAAACGAGUUGAAUGAAAAAAUAAUGUCCCAAAUGUCUUCAUUAAAAGACAUUUUAUAUGAAAGCCAGUAUGAUGUCUUUCUACCAGUUUUCUCUAUGUGUUAUUCCUUGGAGUCUGCAUAAAAGACACUGUUCAAGAUUUAUUCAGUAUAUCUAGAUUGAAGUAUAGAAGCAAACAGGAUCUGUCUAAAACCAUUUGGAUAUAAUGAUUAAACAUAUUUAAGAUGUUGAAAUUGUUCUACUGGAAAGCAGUAAUUUUAUUAAUAAGACGUUAACACUUGAAGAUAU